AUGAGCCUAGCCAGAUCAGUCAACGAACCUCAUUUCAAAAUAAUCGACAGGAGAGGCCAUUUUUCAAAAAAUACUGGCUGUGAAUGCGGUUCAAAAAAGUAUAGGAUGGUCGACGUCGAUUCUGCCGUAAGAGAUGCUUGUUUAGCAUAUCCAAUAAGUAAACGAAAGAGGAGUCUUUGGACAUUCUUUCAACCAAAGAGCCGUCCUAUUUCUUUUCCCGAAGCUCAGAAGUUUGUCUUUCCACGUGAUUCACAAAUGGCACCAAUGACUUAA